AUGAUUGUAGCCUCCUUUGACGCCUUUCGCAGCAAGCCAUAUCCUACUCUGUACGGUGCUAGCCAGACGGCAGUUACUGAAGACAAACUCGUAGUUGGUCUUGUGGUAGCCAUUGGUGUUCUCGGCUUUACUCUUCUUGUCGUCUCUCCAGCAAUCCGUGGAAGAAAGGCUCUAGUCUACUUCCUAAAAGUCGGAGCAUCUCUUUUCGUCGGCUGCACCAUCAUCGUUGGUAACUAUGGUUACGGUUGGCAAACCGGAACAAUCAAGACGCGCACAGCGUACAAGGCAUUUACUAACCAUGAAGUCGCUGCUCAAGUUGGACUGCACGUUGGCCUGCGAGGAAUCAACAUCACAUUGAAAGGUGAGCCAGAACAUCAAUUAAAAGAACAGAUUAACUACAACGAACGAUUUUCUUGGGGAUGGCAGCAGUUUAGGAUUGGAUUUGGACCCUAUGCCAAUCAACUCAACAGAGAAUUUCGAGAUGCUCAAUGGCGAGGUAUGCCUCUACCCAUUUUAUGGAUUGCAGAAUAUUUCACUUUAGAUGGAGAAAACAUUCGCUGGAACAGAGGAUACCGAGAAGCUGGAUUCUACACUCAUGGCUUGCUCUGGACUGCAUUUGGUUUAUGGCUGAUUGUCAAUUUUCUUUUUUUGUAUUCUCCUCGAAUUGGUUGUUAUAUGUGGGGUCUUACUGGCGUCAUUUUACUCACAUCAGUCAUAAUGUAUACUGGCAUAAUUCACAAAUGGCCUGAGCUAAAAAUCCCAUUUCGAGAUGGAGAUUUAGAGCUGAAUUAUGGCUGGAGUUUCUGGCUCAUCGUUGCUUCAGGAAUGUUUUGUAUCAUUUCUUUUCUUGCUCUGUUUGUUCUCGAUUGGAGAUGGUCACUGCUCUUCAUGUCACUAUUUGACUUGACGAAUGAAGACUGCUUGCUGCUUGAAGAAGAUUCACAAGAAACUAAACCUCUUACACUUGCACCUCAAAGACCCAGACCUGUUCGAAAAUCGAGAAGUCGACAUUCCCAAAUCAAGCCUAUGUAUUCUGUUGAGAAAGUUACUAUUGAAAACACUUCUACAUGCACACUCAAUGGCAGGACAUCACGGCUGACCAGCAGUGCUGUAGAAAUGGAAGUUUUUGUUGCAAAAUCCUCAGAAGACUCGAUAUAAAAUGUACAAUGGGUACACUGAUAGAUAUUAAUAAGGGCUGUCACGGCAAUGAACAAGGAUACACAGGGCAUGAAUUUAAUCGACAUGAAGUUGUACUUGCAGUAAAUUGUCUUAGAACUUUGAUCUAGUUUGCUUAGUGCUGGAUUUUCUUGGUGUGUCCAUACUGAUAGUAUAGAACAGGAGUGUCAACAGAAAAGCAAAGAAAUGUGAUGU